GGCCCAGCUGCUAUAGAUGGAGGAUGUACCCAAGACGAGGCAUGUCCUCUCGUAGAAAAACCCUAGAAUCCUCUGGCCAUACUAUAAUCCUCCUGUUCCACCAGAUCAGCUCUUCCUAUUUUGCCUUAAAAGCUACAUAUAACCAUAAAAAAUCACAUCCAAGAUUACCAUAUUAACACUAAUCCCUCUCCUCUUAUAUCACUUGCUCCUAGAAGCAUUUACAGUUGAACGUACCAAACUCACUCUCAAGUCACUCUCAAGGAGAGAUGUGAAGAGAGCGCCAAUGCAAAGACAAAAGCUCCUCCUCCUAUUCCACCUCCUUUGCAUAGCACCGACCGCCAAUGCCGCCACCGCCGAGAUGGCCGCCGCCCGUCGGCUGUUCAGAGAAGCCCCCAAGUUCUACAACUCCCCCGAUUGCCCCUCCGUCGCUUCCGCCGACAUCUGCUCCCCCGGCGCCAUCCAUGUAGCCAUGACCCUUGACGCUGCCUACCUCCGCGGCUCCAUGGCUGCGAUCCUCUCCGCCCUCCAGCACUCCUCGUGCCCCGAGAACAUCUGCUUCCACUUUGCCGUGGCCGCCUCGGUUGCCGCUGCCGACCGCGGCCGCCUCCACCGCGCCGUCGCCUCCUCCUUCCCUUACCUCCGCUUCGGCGUCUACGCCUUCGACGAUGCCGCCGUCACCGGCCUAAUCUCCACCUCCGUCCGCUCCGCCCUCGAUCGCCCGCUCAACUACGCCCGCAACUACCUUGCGGACCUCCUCCCGCCGUGCGUGCGCAAGGUGGUCUACUUGGACUCCGACCUAGUCCUCGUGGAUGACGUGGCGAAGCUCGCCGCCACCCUGCUUGAUGGCGACAACAUCCUCGCUGCGCCGGAAUAUUGCAACGCCAACUUCACCUCCUACUUCACUCCCACCUUCUGGGCAAACCCUAGCCUGUCCCUCACGUUUGAAGGAAGGAGAGCCUGCUACUUCAACACCGGGGUCAUGGUGAUUGACCUAAAGAAAUGGCGUGAAGGUGACUACACAACCAAGAUUGUGGAGUGGAUGGAGCUUCAAAAGAGGAUGAGAAUAUACGAGCUGGGGUCGUUGCCGCCGUUCUUGCUCGUCUUUGCCGGUCGCAUUGCCCCGGUUGAUCACCGGUGGAACCAACAUGGGCUCGGGGGGGACAAUUUCAGAGGGCUGUGCCGGGGCUUGCACCCCGGCCCGGUGAGCCUCCUCCACUGGAGCGGGAAGGGCAAGCCGUGGGUUCGGCUUGACGCGAACCGGCCAUGCCCGUUGGACGCGUUGUGGGCUCCCUACGAUCUGCUCCAGGCGCGGUUCGCGAUCGAGUCUUAGGAACGGUACAAAGAGAGGGAGUUCUCUUCUCUUCUUUGUUCCUCCAAUGGACCAGUUAGUUUUCUCCUAAUCUCGUUCUCUUCUUCGUCCGAAUUGUCAUUCCUUUUUCUCUAUUAUUUUCUGAGAUUUUCCUCUUUUUUGGCUCACAAUUUGGAGAAGCGAAGAUCUGAAAGAGCCAGGCAGAUCUUGCGCUUCUCUUAAUUUGAUGAGAUGGAGUUUGUAUUUGUACAUCAUAUAGAAACUCGAAGAUGACCAAUACAACAUGUGACAUGGUAGGUUAAAACUCA